UCUGCGCAGCAGCUGGCCGGUAGCCUGUGCGGUGGGGCGGGCGGCUGGGCUCGGCUGUCUGCCGGUCGGCCCUAUGGCCACUGUGUUUCUCGUCACACUCUAUGAGUACUCGCCGCUUUUCUACAUCACGGUGGUGUUCGUUUGUUUCCUCGUCACCAGCGGCCUGGUGCUGGGCUGGUUCGGUUUGGGUGUUCCUGUUAUUCUCAGAAACUCAGAAGAAGCAGAAUCCAGCACCAGAGUACUGAAGAAGCAGAUGAGACAAGUGAAGAAUCCUUUUGGUUUAGAAAUCUCUCAUCCUGACACAGCUUCAGUGACAAAGGGUGUGACACUGACACCUGACUGUCUGGAAGACUGUGUUCUCACGUGCUACUGGGGCUGCAAUGUUCAAAAACUCCACGAGGCGUUGCAAAAACACGUCUACUGCUUCAGAAUAAAUACUCCUCAAGCAUUAGAGGAUGCUCUGUACAACGAAUAUCUCUAUCGACAGCAAUACUUCAUCAAAAAAAAUGACAGGGAAGAAAAAUAUUGUCAGCUACCAGAAGAUGCUCAAGUUGUCGAUUUUGGCCCAGUGCCUCGACUUUGCUAUCCUCUGAUAGCACUGCUGACAUUAGCCGAUGAAGAAGACAGGGAAAUAUAUGAUAUUAUUUCAAUGGUGGCUGUCAUUCAUGUUCCUGAUGAGAGCUACAGACUUUCCUGCAGAAUAUUAUAUCAGUACCUGCUUCUAGCUCAAGGCCAGUACCAUGAUCUGAAGCAGCUCUUCAUGUCUGCAAAUAGUCCUACACCACCUUCGUGUGGUACCUCUCCAGAUGAGAGAAGCACAGACAGAAGCUUGCUGGAAAAAGCCGGACUGGCUGAAGACGAACCAGAAUUGCAUGAAGAAAACAGUAAAGACUGCGUUGUGUGCCAGAAUGGCACAGUGAACUGGGUGCUCCUGCCCUGCAGGCACACGUGCUUGUGCGAUGGCUGCAUUAAGUAUUUUCAGCAGUGUCCCAUGUGUAGGCAGUUUGUUCAAGAGUCUUUCCCACUCUGCAGUAAAAAGGAGCAAGAUGAAGAUGAAUCAACCCAGAUCUCGCAAGAUGUUCAUCCUGGAAGAGUUUUUUAAUGGAGACAAAAAUAAAAGGAUUGGGUUGUAUGCACCAAGGUUAAAUGUAGAGAACAGACUGUUUAUGGGAGGAUAUCUAGCAUUAACUUGUACAGUUUUGCUUUUCACUGCUAGGCAAUUUUCAGCUUCCUUAUGUGUCUUCGCUCCAUAUGCUCGCAGGAACAUUGCAUUUCUCUGUGCAAUGUGGACAGAAGAAGUGCGUAGGACCUACUUGAAGGAUGGGAUUAUUUUUAUAGCUUCUUACUAAUUUUUCAUGGAGUACUACUGCAGGCUAUUUUGAUUACUAAAUUUAGCUUUAUCUACUUGCAAACAAAACUUGCAAGUGAAGUUGAAGUGAAUAAGCUGUGAAUGACACAGCUUAUUCUAUAUUUAUUAUAUUUAAGAUAUUAGAGCUUUAUGUCAUCUUAAUUCCUUAUAAUUUAGAAACCUGGCACUUUACAGAGCGUGACAAAUGAAGGAAAGGCUACAUUCUUUGUAGUCAAACCCAUGCAUAUUUAUUCUGUAGACAAAGGCUGCGGUGUGACAGGAGCUGGAAGGAGAAGUUGUUCAGGACACUGUUUGGGGCUGUUUUGAUAUGAUGUGCGUGUGAAGGGCCUGAGCCAAAGCCCAGUGGAAGGAAUGCAAAGGGUUCUGUUGCUAUUUGUUGCCUUGAACUAAACCUUGCUGACACUUUCAAGCCUGAGCUGCUACUACUAUGUCAUCUUGCAACAGAUUUUCAAUCUUCUGGCAAUGGCUGCAAGAACUUGUUCUCCAUACAAAUGUUAGUUAAUUACUCCAUGGAGUUACUUGAGCAGUUCUGCUGUGCUAUUCUUAUACCAGUUGCCUGCUUGGGGAAUUUCCAAUUCUGUUUACUUGCAUUGUCAGAUUGGAUGAACAGUUGACCAUUACUUUUCCUUUUAUCAGUAGUCCCAGGCCAUUUGCUUACUCUAAUAAAGAAAGAAGCUAAAGAAUUGUUGAAAACUAUCUUUUUUUCUCUUAGUAGCAUUGUCAAAAGCAGUAAAAAUGGCUGAUGAGAAGUUGUUGUGCUUGAGAGCCAAACACAGGCUGGGUUUCAAAUCUACUGAUAGAGGACACAAAUGCAGACACUUGCUAGAACCUGUAAAAACAGGGAGUGCCUGCUCUGUCUUGCAUCGUGUUCCUCUGUCCCUUUGCCCCAUAUCCAUUUUCAGGACACAUGCUCAGUCCCAGGGAGAAAAAGCUGUGCUCCAAGCAUUUCAGCUGCACUCUCCUGUGGCUCCUGUAUCAACGCUGCCCUAGUGCUGAUUUCGGUGUCACACACCUCCAAAACAGGGAAGGCAGCUUCUGCUCGAGGUAUUCCAUCUUCAUCUUUCUGUCACUUAUUUUCUUUUCUGUUAGUUUUGCCUCGAUUUGUCUAAAUUCUUGGCAUUUAUUUUUGAGUAAAAGACUUCAGUAGUCAUGAAAAGAGUUGUGCUUGUUUGUGAAGAUAGACAGAGGUUGGGAAUUGAUGCACAUGGCCACAGACUUCCAAAUAUCCAUAGGCUUUGUGUAAGACUGUUUGUCUGCUCUACCUACAGUGACCUUCCUUACCAGAGAACCCUGGAAUAAAUGGCUGGCCAAAUCAGCCUGCUGUUUGCACUGUGUAUCUAACAGGAGUUAAAUGCAUAUAUAUUUGAGGAAGGACUGAAAAGUGCUUACAGAGAACUUCCAAAGACAAAUGGUUCUGUUUGGAAAUCAUCACGGCAAUGAAUGGUGUAUGUGAGGCAAUUUAAGAGGCUGAGAACACUAAGAGGAAUGCAGAGAGUGCAAUAACAGAAGGAGCAAUUGCUGGCUGGAGUGCUGCUGGUAGCAAGGCUAUCCCACAGGUGAGAACACGGUGCAGAUGUGGAGAAACAACAGAGUGAUGCAACUUCAAAAGAACCAGAGCUGCCUGUAUUGAGAGCUUAUGAAGACUCUAAAUACCAUCUGGUGUCUUCAGCACUCAGUCUGAGCUGCGAAGGCAUGAGGAUUUGAUAGACAAACAUUCCUUGCCUUCUCUUUCACUGUAGGCAGUCUCAACCAUUUGGACACACGUCUUGCUGCUAGUGAGUAUGUGAACAUGCAAGAAGCAGAGGGGUGAAAGCAGUUUUGAAAACAAAGAUCACUUUCCCUGUGUCUGUUAUCCUGAGUUUUGCUGGCUUGGUUGCUGCAGACCUGAUGGAGGGAGGUGGUUGCUGAGUUUAGCCUCUCUGUCUGUGUUGCUGAAUGUUGUGCAUGGAAGGAGAGGUGAUGAUGGUAGAAAUAAUUGCUUUUCAGACUUCCUUGUAUGCACGGUGCCACAUGUACAAUUUACCCUACCUGCAUUUGGUAUAGAGGCCAUGCAGAUCAUUAGAGGCACGGCUUAGUGCUGCACUACUUCUAACCUGGAGCUGGGCACUGCUUUGUGGCUCUGUGCUUUAGCAGGGACUUGGUUUGGCUUUGGGAGUGAUCAAAGAAAGAAGUGAGUUUGGUGGGCUUUUUUUACUACUGUAAAACUACCAGCAGCACCAAUUUAUUGAAGUUUCCCAGUAUGAUGCAAGCUUCUGGGCUUUUUUUAAUCUCAGGCUGGAAUGGUAUUCAAGUAAACUCCACAGAGAAUUGCCUGGUCUGUCUUAUCCUUCAGCAGAUCGAUGCCAGUAUUAAAUAAUAAUGGCAAACAGGAUGUAGCUGUGCUGAACUUCCAGGCCAUGUAUUUACCAUUAGGUCUCCUAGCUUUUCAUUUGCUUCAUGUUCUAUUUUUAACAGCAUUUUCCAGAGAUGCUUAGUUGCUUUAUCAGAUGUAACGAGCUUCCUUGCUGGCCCGAAUCAAAGACCCAACUGAGAGUUAUGGCAAGUACAGUAGCUGGCUUAUUACGUUUGCCCUUCUAAGAAGCCAUCUCAAAAAAUGAAUGAGGAGAGAAGUAACAGGAGCAGCCUUAAGGCUGUCUUGUGCCUCUCUUGAUUGUCUUAAAACAGGGAUUCAAGGCUGUAAUGCAGAAAUAAAACCAUCCUGUGAUCCACAAAAACUGAGAGGAGAAAAAAACCUCUGUCAUUCUGUUGUGAUAAAUGUAAUAAAACAUUGAGUUCAUUUUCUACUCAUUAAAGGUUAGGUUUAUGGAUGUGGUGACAUCAGGAGCACAUGCAGGCAUCUUGCUGCAAGAGUUGAUUCUUUUGAACAGUGUUGGGGCAUUAUUAAUUUGUAAUGAUUUUUGUUGCAGAAUAUAAAUAGGAGUUAAUCCUCUCCACUUGGUUUAGUUCACCCUCCCUGCAAAUGCACUCCUCCACCAUAGAAAUGCCAUCCCUGUGACUUCUGCCAUCGUCAUUGCCACACUCACUGCAUUCCCAUUUUUUUUUUAGACAACACCAGCAGGGUGACUGGAUGCUCUUCUGAGGGUCAGACGAAUUCCAGAAUUAAUUCUGCAGUAAAUUAUCUACACAAAUUAUUACCUUUGCUUCAUAGCUUCAGUCUGUGGUGUCCUUGUGUCAGGAGCAAGUUCGUGCCUAGAAAGCUCUCUAGGUUUCAGAUGUUUCCUCCAGGGUUUUGUCUCUGUAAAUGAAGGUUUAGGGCUGGCCUAAUAUUCUUUACUCUCCCACUGAAUUACCACUUCAAAUCUAGUGUUUCUUGGCAGACUUCUCAAUAGCAGCUGAAGUCAGGGGACUGGUGAGAAAUUUCUCAUAAUGAUCCUUAUUUCGAUGUCUAUCAGCUCCUUGUGAGCAAGGCUACUUUAACAAGUUAGAGGAGGGAUUGCUAACUUGUGAAUUAUCUUUGCAGUUGGUCCUCUUCUUUUUUCCUUCUGAGUUCACAGGUGUUACUGAGUCCACCUGCGAGACCCCAUGGGUUACCAGGCUCAUCGUGCAUCAGUCUCCUGCUGCCAGAACUGGCUGUGAGAUACAGAUGUUGUGCUGCUUCUUAGCUGGUCAGUCACAGUGCAGGCACCUUGCUCUAGGUAUGGGGUUUUGGUCUUCCCGAGGGUCCUUGAUUUCACCAUUUUCCCCUGCAGGGAAAGAGCCAAGACUGCAAGUUCAGAAUGCAGCAGCUUGCAGGAAGCCUGGGGUGGGCUGAUGCUGGCAGGCUGAGGAGGAUUCCGGCAAGCAGGGAGCCCCAAGGGGCAGGCAAUGCCUUUCUCAUGUGGCUGCUCUGGCUGCCAAGGUUAGCAGACCCCUUUCUAUGACAGCACGUUUCAUUGAUCAAAGACCAAACAGGCCAGUGAUUUAUGGCACGUGACAGCUUGGAAAGCACUGCCUUCCCCCAGGCACUGCCAUACGUGAAGACAAGAUCGACAACUCAGCUGCUGCUGCUCCUUUGGAAGCUGCCUUCUUCAUAGGUGGCCAACUCUAGACCCUGGCAAACCUUCCUCUGCAGGAUGACCUGCUCCAAGUCCAGCCUGAAUCCAGCCUGUAACUUACCCUUAUAUCUCUUUUCACACAGAGGGUGCUGAGGCACUGGCACAGGUUGCCCAAGGAGGCUGUGGAUGCCCCAUCCCUGCAGGCAUUCAAGGCCAGGCUGGAUGUGGCUCUGGGCAGCCUGGGCUGCUGGUUGGUGACCUGCACACAGCAGGGGUUGGAGCUGGAUGAGCAUUGUGCUCCUUUGCAACCCAGGCCAUGCUGUGAUCUUGCUGUAAGACUGAAGAAAGAGAUCCACCAAGAGCUGGUGGGCUCGUGUUUAUGAGAACAUGAACAGCUAUAGCUUUUCCAGCUUUUCAGCCUUUAAGUAUCUUCCCAGACAUGUGAAAAUGUGUAAAUAAAUCUGCCUGCUACGAUCUUCUCUUUCAGCCCAACUUUUUAACAAAUACUAAAAAGUCUCCAGCAAGUCCAGCAGCAUCUGAUGCUCUACCUGUGGCAAACUGUUUGCUUUUCUCCUGGCCUGAAAAUAAUGUGAUAUAAAGGUCUCCAGAUAUUCUGACGUGUUUUGAUGGGCUCAUUUAUAUCUUUCAUUUUUAGCAACCUGUAAGCAACGAGCAAGCUGUUCCCAGGACCCAACCAAUGGAUCUGCUUGCAGCAACAUGUUAGAUGCUCAUCCCACAGCACCUCGUGGGCAGGCUUUGUAAUUUCACUUGGCAGAUUUGUAACCACAGCCAUCUAC